UAGAUUUUUGUUUUUGAGAAAGGACAGAUAACGACUGAGGCCUCUGAUUUGUGCACUUUCCUUUUUGUGUGAAAACCGGAGGAAGAAAGCAUCGUCCAAGGUGCUGAGUUUGUGUGAAGACGUGGGCUCUGAUAUGGAUCAGUGUGAGGAACCAGGGGAGGCCUUUGCCUCUCAAACCAGUCUGUGUGGGGACCAUGAAACCAGCACUGGAGCUCAGAGCCCUGAGAAGCAACACAGACUGGAUUAUCCUGGACCUGAACCCAGCUGUGCGUUCUUCAAGUGUGACCAGCCAGUGGAGCCCCCUCUUGUUUUUCGACAGUCUGCUGCUGAAAGGACCCCUCAGAGACCAGAAUCUCCUGGACCAGAACCCAGCUGCAUUUCUGUUAAGAGUGACACGUCCAUGGAGCCUCCGCUUGUUUUUAGACAAUCUGUUAAGAAAAGGACCCAUCAGAGACCAGAAUCUCCUGGACCAGAACCCAGCUGCGUUUCUGUCAGGAGCGACGUGUCCAUGGAGCCUCCGCUUGUUUUUAAUCAAUCUGCUGAUGUGAAGCUCCAUCAGAGACCAGGAUCUGCUGGAUCUGAACCCAGCUGCGUUUCCAUGAAGAGUGAUCACUCAAUGAGACUUCCUCUUGUUUUUAGACAAGACGAUGGAAGAGUGGACCAGGAGAGCGGUCAGUCUCCCCCGCAGCAUCAAAAACAGCUGGACUCCAUAUUUAUGCUGUUGGAGGAGAACAUUUUCACUUUUGUGAAGAACGAGCUGCAGAAAAUCCAGAAGGCUUUGAGUUCAGAAGAAUGCUUAGAGAGUCAGAGGGAGGAUGAGGAGGUGUCCGACCGCAAGGCAGAAGAGCAGUGGAGGAGCAGCAGAGAGGCAUUUCUGAAGAUCACACUGCACUUCCUCAGAAGAAUGAAACAGGAGGAGCUGGCUGACUGUCUGCAAAGCAGAUAUCCUGUUACAGUUUGUCAGCAUAAACUCAAGUCUAACUUGAAGAAAAAGUUCCAGUGUGUGUUCGAGGGGAUCGCAAAAGCUGGAAACCCAACUCUUCUGAAUCAGAUCUACACAGAGCUCUACAUCACAGAGGGAGGGACCGCCGAGGUCAAUGAUGAACAUGAGGUCAGAAAAAUUGAAACAGCAUCCAAGAAACCAGACAGACCAGAAACAACAAUCAGACAAGAAGACAUCUUUAAAGGCUCAUCUGGACGAGACGAACUGAUCAGAACAGUGAUGACGAAGGGAGUGGCUGGCAUCGGGAAAACGGUCCUAACACAGAAGUUCACUCUGGAUUGGGCUGAAGACAAAGCCAACCAGGAUAUCCAGUUCACGUUUCCAUUCACGUUCAGAGAGCUGAAUGUGCUGAAAGAGAAAAAGUACAGCUUGGUGGAGCUUGUUCAUCACUUCUUUACUGAAACCAAAGAAGCAGGAAUCUGCAGGUUUGAAGACUUCCAGGUCGUCUUCAUCUUUGACGGUCUGGAUGAGUGUCGACUUCCUCUGGACUUCCGCAACAACGAGAUCCUGACUGACGUCACAGAGUCCACCUCAGUGGAUGUGCUGCUGACAAACCUCAUCAGGGGGAAACUGCUUCCCUCCGCUCGCCUCUGGAUAACCACACGACCUGCAGCAGCCAAUCAGAUCCCUCCUGAGUGUGUUGACAUGGUGACAGAGGUCAGAGGGUUCACCGACCCACAGAAGGAGGAGUACUUCAGGAAGAGGUUCAGAGAUGAGGAGCGGGCUGGAAAAAUAAUCUCCCACAUCAAGACAUCCCGAAGCCUCCACAUCAUGUGCCACAUCCCAGUCUUCUGCUGGAUCACCGCUACAGUCCUGGAGGACGUGUUGAAGACCAGAAAGACAGAAGAGCUGCCCAAGACCCUGACUGAGCUGUACAUCUACUUCUUGGUGGUUCAGACCAAACAGAAAACCAUCAAAUAUGAUAAAAGAGCUGACACAGAGCCACAGUUGAGUAAAAAAAGCAGGAAAAUGAUAAUGUCUUUGGGAAAACUGGCAUUUGAGCAGCUGCAGAAAGGCAACCUGAUCUUCUACGAAUCAGAUCUGACAGAGUGUGGCAUCGAUACCAGAGCAGCCUCAGUGUACUCAGGAGUGUUCACACAGGUCUUUAAAGAGGAUAGAGGACUGUACCAGUACAAGGUCUUCUGCUUCGUCCAUCUGAGUGUUCAGGAGUUUCUGGCUGCUCUUCAUGUCCAUCUGACCUUCAUCAACUCUGGAGUCAAUCUGAUGGCAGAGGAACAAACAACCUCCCAACAGUCCGAAACAAGAAAAGAUGAAUCUGCAGAGACACAGUUCCACCAGAGUGCUGUGGACCAGGCCUUAAAGAGUCCAAAUGGACACCUGGACUUGUUCCUUCGCUUCCUCCUGGGACUUUCAUUGCAGACCAAUCAGACUUUACUACGAGGCCUGUUGAGACAGAAAAGCAGUGGCUCAAAGGCCAAUCAAGAAACAGUCCAGUACAUCAAGAUGAAGUUUGAGGAAAAUAUCUCUGCAGAGAAAAGCAUCAAUCUGUUCCACUGUCUGAAUGAACUGAAUGAUCGCUCUCUGGUGGAGAAGAUCCAACACCAUCUGAGAUCAGGAAGUCUCUCUACAGAUGAACUGUCUCCAGCUCAGUGGUCAGCGCUGGUCUUCAUCUUACUGUCAUCAGAGGAAGAUCUGGACGUGUUUGACCUGAAGAAAUACUCUGCUUCAGAGGAGGCUCUUCUGAGGCUGCUGCCAGUGGUCAAAGCCUCCAACAAAGCUCUGUAA